GAGCACACGGACACGCGCGUCCCCCCGCCUCGUUAGUGAAGUAGCAGGUUCGCCACGACGCUAUCAGUGAAGAGCAAGGCACGGCAGAUUACAGCCCUGUUCGGACCAACACUUAUGAAGAUAUGAAGUGAAAAACAAAAAGUGGAGCAUUUAGAAGAGUUUAAAAUCUUUCUUUGUUCUCUGAGCCCUUUUUUAUGUUCGCAAUGUUCGAUAUUCUUUCACACACUGAACUAAAGUGACUGAAAAGGAUAUUAAACAGACGAGCAGAGCAGCUGAGCAUUUCCUCUCUUCUCACAGCUACUCUCAAGUGAUCUCAGCCAUGGAUUGCUUCACUACCAGAUCCUUCUGGAACCUUCUACUUGCCCUGGUUUUUGUGCCUGGCUCGACAGGGGCACCACAGGGCUGUGGCUCCAACGUGAGCUCUCUAUACUAUAACCUCUGUGAUCUUGGUGCAGUUUGGGGCAUCGUGGUGGAGGCAUUUGCCACCGCCGGAGUGUUGGUAUGCCUCAUAUUGCUGAUGGUUCUCCUUGCCAGCCUGCCUUUUAUGUCAGAUAACAGGCGGCGCAGGUCGGUACCUUUGGACGCUGGCUUACUUGUGGGCACUCUGGGCCUCUUUGGGCUCUCUUUUGCCUUCAUCGUGGACAAGGACUUUUCCACAUGUUCCUCACGCCGCUUCCUGUUUGGUGUAUUGUUUGCAGCCUGCUUCUCCUGCCUUCUUAUGAAAGCCAUAAAUCUGAACAUCCUGUCCAGGCACAACAAGGCACCCCAACCCUGGGCACUAUGCCUAGGAGCCUUGGCGCUUUGGUUGGUCGAAGUGAUCAUCAACACAGAAUGGUUGAUUAUCACAGUGGUCCGCCAGCCCAUUAAUGUCACCUCUAGUCUGCCUGUGCCAUGCUUGAUUGCCAACGAAGACUUUGUAAUGGCUCUCAUUUAUGUUAUGGUCCUGCUGGUGGCUGUCUUUGUUGCAUCCAUACCAAUCCUGUGUGGCGAGCACCAGCGCUGGCACAAGGACGGAGUCUUCAUCCUGCUCACUGGAAUGUUCUCACUGGGCAUUUGGGUGGCGUGGAUCGUCAUGUACACUUACGGCAAUGGCAAGCAUGGCAGUCUUAAGUGGGAUGACCCGACCCUCGCUAUAGCACUGGUGGCCAAUGCCUGGGUGUUCCUUCUGCUUUACUCAGUGCCUGAGCUGUGCCAGUUGACGGAAGACAUAGAGGGGGUAUCAACCCUCCCCACAGAUGUCUAUGCCAACCAAGGCGUGGGUUAUGAGAACAUCCUGAAAGAGCAAAGCUCCCAGAACAUGUUUAUGGAAAAUAAGGCCUUCUCUAUGGACGAACCCAAAGCAGGUAACAAGCCAGUGUCUCCAUACAGCGGCUACAACGGGCAGAUCCGCAGCUCUGUGUUCCAGCCCACAGAGCUCGCAAUUAUCACCAAAGGAGUGACAAAUCACCAGGUGGACCAUUUAUUUGAUACUUCGAUCCCACGAGCCUCUCUCGCUUCUCCAUCCAGUCAGAGCGGCAGCAUCAGCCCGACCCUAUCCGACAUUGGACAGAAACCCGUCACUAAUGGUAAUGGCUUGCACUGGAAAUCUCAGUGGUGAAUCUAGCCAAGACUUCCUGCUCUGGAUGCCUUACUCUGUUCUUUUUCUCAACAAAGUUUCAUUAUGUUUUCACCUCGGCCAUGGAUCUUUUCUCAGGCCAAACAAACUUAAGAGCUUCACUUUGGAAUGGCUAGGUAUCUGUUUGCCCAAUAGAGACAAUAUAUGGGCAUUUUGUCCACAAUGACACUGAAUAAGAAAUUCAGCCCAGGAGAUGAGACUGUACAGAUGGAUGUAGGAUAUGCAGACUGUUCAUGUAUUACCCAGUGGCUGUCUUAGCUACUACAAUACUAUGCAUUUACAGAAAGGAGAAAGAAUGGAUGAUGAAUGGUACUUGACUUUGAUACUUAAUAAUGUGAAAUAAUCAGCCUAUUAUUGGAUUAAUACACUCUCAGAAAAAAUAGUAGCUGUACCUUUGCUUGUUGCUGGGGUGGUACUCUCAAGAGUACAUCUUUGGUACCUUUAGUGAGAGCCUGUAUCUCUCACCUGGAAACAUGGAUGUAGUGGACCUUUAAAGUUGAUUUAGGGAACAUAAAUCGACUGUAAUCUUUAAAGGUACACUACACACAAGAAAAAAAUGCAUAUUAAAGGUACAAAGUAUCUACCCUUAAUGGUACUACAAAGAAAUGUACAGUUUAACACCUUUUUUCUGAGAGUGUAUGUCUGAAAGUGUCACUCAACUGCUUCAAACAGUAAUAUUUAGGUAGCGAGAGCAUUGGUAUGGAUGCACUACCAUUAAAUUAGAGGUACAUCUCAGAAAAAAGGUACUAACCUGUUCAUUUCAUGGUACAAACUCUUGGUAAAUCUUCUGUACUGUUAGGAUAUAUCUUUCAUCAAGUAAAGCUUAAUUAAGGUACAUAAUUGGACCUUAAGUACCACCGUUGUAUCCUGAGAGCGCAUUUACUUUGUACCUUUAUUGUACCUGCUUUUCUGAUAGUGUAGCUUGCAGCAACAUUUCUGUACAGUAGGUAUCUUAUGAUUACUGUAUUUUUAAUAGUGCCUAAUUGAAUCAAUGUUGUAUUGUAAAGUUUUAAUGCUAAAAUGUGUUCAGUAUUGCAACACAUUAUUCACAGAACUUUCACCAAUGAUUGUAAUAAUUCCAGGCAAUAGACUGAACUGAAUAAUAUCCACACGUGUGUGUGUGUGUGUAUAUAUACAUACAUUUUAUACAUAUAUAUGCCUAAGUCAGGUCCGGAAGUAUUUGGACAAUGAGGGAGUUUUUGUGAUUUUGCCUUUAUACACCACCACAAUGGGUUUGAAAUAAAACAAUCAAGAUGUGAUCAAAGUGUAGACUUUCAGCUUUAUUUUAAGAGGUUCCACAAAAAUAUAUCAUUUACCAUUUAGGAAUUACAGCCAUUUUAAGCAAAGUGCUUCCAUUUUCAGGGGCUCAAAAGUAUUUGGACAAUUGACUGACAAGAAGUUAAUUGACCAGGUGCGGUCCAUUCCCUCGUUACUUCAAGACAAAUGAAGCAGAUAAAAGGUCUGGAGUUGAUAUCAGGUAUUGAGUUGGCAUUUGGCAGCUGUUCAACUGGAGCUACCAAUAUGAAGUCCAAGAAGAUCUCAAUGCAAGUGAAGGAGGCCAUCAUUAGUCUGAGAAAACAACAUAAAUCUAUAAGAGAGAUAGCAAAAACCUUAGGUGUGGCCAAAUCAACAGUUGGGUACAUUCUUAAAUAGAAAGAAAGCACUGGUGAGCUCAACAACAUCGAAAGGCCUGGAGGACCACGGAAGGCAACUAAAGUGGAUGAUCGCAGAAUCCUUUCCUUGGUGAAGAAAACCCCCUUCACAACAUCAACAGAAGUCAAGAAUACUCUGGAGAAGGUAGGCGUAUCAUUGUCAAAAUCUACAAUCAAGAGACGCCUUCGUGAAUGUAAAUACAUAGGGUUUACAACAAGGUGCAAAAUCACUGGUAACAUUCAAGAACAGGAAAGCUAGAUUAGACUUUGCCAGAAAACAUCUAAAAAAGCCUCCCAUGUUCUGGAAUAAGAUUCUUUGGACUGAUGAAACCAAGGUUAACAUGUACGAGAAUGAUGGGAAGAGAAAAGUAUGGCAGAAGAAAG